GUUGACAUCUCGUAGGCCUGGAGAAUCCAAUCGAUAUAGCUUGCCACGUUUGAAAAAGGCCUUUAUCAAGCUUGGUCGUUUUAAAUAAGGCUAGAGGCAUCUGAUCUGACGCUUAGAACGUCUUCGGAAACCUACUAGACAUUCGGGCCCAUCGAUUCUCUAUCAUGUCGUCAAAGCCAUUUCCUCCGCCGAAUGGGAUGCCAUCAUUUUGGCGCGGCUCUCCGGGGUCACUUGAUAACUACAGAUCGACAGAAGAACUGCCCUCUCAAUGCGACAUUCUCAUCAUCGGGGCAGGAUAUUCUGGCGGUUCGCUCGUUACGCACAUGCUAUCGCAGCCCGAAUCGAGAGAUAAGUCCAUUGUUGUUUUGGAAGCUCGCCAGCUGUGCUCAGGAGCUACGGGACGAAAUGGGGGUCAUAUCAAGCCUGAUGUAUACAACCUGUGCUCAAGUAUGGCCUCAAAGUAUGGAAUCGAUUCAGCCGCUGAGAUUGCCGAUUUUGAGCUUGCAAACGUCGAGGCUGUCAAGAACUAUGUUCUAGAGAAUAACUUGGACUGCGAUUUUGUCCUGACGCAGGCUGUUGAUGUCCAGUUGUCAGAGGAGCACAACACGGCGAUAAAGGCAGGCUAUGAUAAGCUCAUCAACGCUGGCGUAAGCGCAACUAAGCGAGCGUUCUACAUAGAUAGCAAAUACGCAGAAGCGAUAUCCGGUAUUAAAGGCGCAAAAAGAGCCUUUAAGUAUACGACUGGCCAUCUAUGGCCUUAUAAGUUGAUCUAUCAUCUAUUUGCCGAAGCUAUAAAGCAUAAUAACUUGAACCUUCAAACCAAUACCAGAGUAACAAAAAUCUCGGAUUUUCCAGACGCCAACGGAAAUUGGACUAUCACCACCAGCCGCGGCCUUCUCAAGGCACGAAAGGUCAUCAUGGCAACCAACGCUUACACCGCCGCUCUACUCCCAGAGUAUCGUGAAAAGAUCAUACCGUAUAGAGCUAUUUGCAGCCGAAUAGUAGCACCCAAUCCACCAAUGUUGGCUGACUCGUAUGCCAUUCGAUUUGGACCCUCGAACUUUGACUAUUUGAUCCCUCGACCUGAUGGAAGCAUCAUUUUUGGUGGCGCCAGAAGUGAUUACUUCAGAUACACGGAGGACUGGUAUGGCAGUGUAGAUGAUAUAAAGGUUAUUGAAAGGGCGAAGGAUUACUUCGAGGGGUAUAUGCAGAGGCACUUUCGUGGCUGGGAAAACAGCGGUGCGCAUACUGAUCAAGUAUGGACUGGAAUUAUGGGCUACUCAUCAGACCAACUUCCACGUAUAGGUCGCGUCCCUGGUCGAGAAAACAUGUUUAUAAUGGGCGGUUUCACAGGGCAUGGAAUGCCCCAGGUUUUCCUCGCUGCUAAGGGCCUCAGCCGCAUGGUCCUCCAGGACUUGCCAUACUCCCAAACAGGAAUUCCCCGACUGUUCGAAGAAACUCAGGCGAGGUUGGUCAGUAAGGACAAUUUCUUGAAAGACAUGAUUGAUAGACAGGCAAGUUUGGCAAAGAUGUAAUUUGUCUGUAGGGUGGCAGAUCAUACGUGGUAGCGGGGUUCACUACUACGUAGUAUCUAAAUGGUCGAAAGUUCAAUGGGUCAUAAUGCCAAGCCUUCUGCCUAACCGAAUAAUUCAAAGAUCGGACAUUUCCUAAUUUAGUAGCGCUGACAUAGCCCUACGGCACAGCACAGUUAGUUAUAACAUGGCAAUAUCACAUC